GGUGCAUGCAGUCAGAUUUGGAAGAGAGACAGAGAGAGAGAGAGAGAGAGAGGUGUUAUAGAUGGAAUUCAUAGGUUUUAGGUUUUGAGAAGAUGUCUUUCUCUUUUUUCCAUUUUGGGUAUUGACAAUUUUUCUUGACUUUUCUGAGUAUUUGGGUUUUGAUGUGAGAGUUUUGGUUUUGGGUUUUCAGAUUUGUGGGAUUUUCUAGUUUGCUAAGAUAUAAAGAUCUUGAAUGGAAUUCAAGCUAACAUCUAAAUAAGAAGAAAAGGAAACUAUUUCAUGAGAGACUUUUCUUGAAAUCCUAGGCUUUGGGUGUGAGCCUUUUGUUAGAGAGAGAGAGAGAGAGAUAGAGAGAGAGAGAGAGAAAGUAGAGAAGAAGAAGAAAAGCUGGCACGCAGGUGGUGGGAGAGAGUUGAUGUGGGGAUGGCUGGCUUGGGACCAGGCCCAGGUUCUCGCUACAUGCAACAGCUCCUCAGACCGGAGUUGCACUUACAAAGACCAUCCCAACCACAGCACCAGACGAACCAAAUGGACGGUGAAGAUGAUUCCCCGGAAGAAGAACAGAAACCCAACACGGAUACAGCCACCGCAAGCUCCGGUGCAGCAGCCAACAAUCCCCGCCGUCCACGUGGCCGUCCUCCAGGCUCCAAAAACAAGCCCAAGCCGCCUAUCAUCGUCACUCAAGAUAGCCCAAAUUCCCUCCGAUCGUACGUCCUCGAAGUUUCUACCGGCGCUGACGUUGUCGACUGCGUCUCCACCUACGCCAGACGCCGCGGGAGGGGCGUCUGCAUUCUCAGCGGCAGCGGUGCCGUAGUCAACGUUGCACUUCGCCAGCCAGCCGCUCCACCGGGGACUGUCGCGACGCUGCAUGGAAGGUUCGAGAUACUUUCACUGUCAGGGACGGUGCUGCCGCCGCCUGCGCCGCCGGGGUCUGGCGGGCUGACGAUAUUUUUGGCUGGCGGGCAAGGGCAGGUGGUGGGGGGAAGCGUGGUGGGGCCGCUGGUGGCGUCGGGGCCUGUGGUAUUGAUGGCGGCAUCGUUCUCGAAUGCAGUGUUUGAGCGGCUGCCACUGGAGGAGGAGGAGGCAACGAUGCCGGAGCAGACGGCGGCAUCACAGUCUUCGGGUGUAACUGGAAGUGGGAGCGGUGGGCAGAUUGGUGAUGUGGGUGGUGGGGCUGUUCCUUUCUAUAAUUUGGGUUUGAAUUAUCAAUUUCCUGGGGAUAUGUAUAAUUGGGGUGGAAAUGCUGGUAGGCCACCCUUCUUGUGAUGAUGCUUAUAUUGAAUUGGAAUUAGAAUUUCUGAGUGGUAGGAGGUUUGAUUUCUUGAAUUUGGGUGUAGACAAUGACUUGAAGAAGAAUAAGAAGGGGAGAGAGAGAGAGAGAGUCUUAGUGGGAAAAAGAACUGUAAUUUUAUGUUGGAUUUGGGCCUCCGACUUUUGAGGUUUUCCUGUGGCAAGAAGCUGAGAUGUUGAAGAAGAUAGAAAGAGGUAGAGAACAAAAGAGGAGAGAGAGAAAAAGAGAGAGAAAAAAGAAAAAAAGAAGGCCAGUUGGAAGCAAGAGAUUUACAGACUCAUACAGGUCAGAAACUCAAAAUUCAUGUACAAAUCAUCAUGAGGUUUUUUUUUUUUUUUUUUGUUCUUCUUUUAUUGCUCUUCUUUCCUUUGUCUUGUAAUGAUUUGUAGAUGUAAUGUAGAAAAAAUUAUAUAUGUGUUUGUUGAUGCACAUUUCUAGGGUUUCUCUCCUGUUUCAUUGAAUAGACCAACAGUUUUUUCAGCCUAUGAAUAUUCAAUUCAAAUAAAUAAAAGGGACAAGAUUAUUCUAGCA